CCCAUCACACCAUCAACCCCAUCCCCACCACCACCAUGCGCAGGACAGCCCUCGCCCUCGUACUGUUCGCAUCAGCAGCAGCAGCCUUCAGGCCCGUGCGCCUCCCCGACGCGGUGCAGGUGUCGCCGGCGCCCGCCGACGACCCGUCCCAGUUCGUCAUCCAGCCGAUUGAUGUCGGCACCGCCGCGCCGGGCAUAUCGCUCGCGGAUGCGUUGACGCUCGAGCGCAAGGCGAGCGUGUGGUGGGACUAUGCGCGGGAUGUUUCGAGUGUGACAUCCCGCCUCAGUAACAAGGGCAAAACGACCGUCCUCGUCCCCAUCGACAAGGCAAUCUUCGCGCUCCCGCGCAAGCCGCACCAGAACCCGUCGGGCUCGACCGACGACGCCGACUCCAAGGCCAACGUCGAGCAGUUUUUGUCCGCGCACAUUGUGCCCGGCGACCUGCCCCUGCCCUCUGAGGAGACGGCGACGCUCAACCCCGACGUCAAGGUCAAGGUCGAGGGCGAGGAGGGCGCUUGGGUGCUCCAGCCGGGCGAUAUUCCUAUUGUGGGCGUCACCGAGGCGAGUAAUGGCAAGAUCUUGUACCUCGACGGCGUGGUGCCGUACUAGGCGGCGCUGCCCGGCCUGAGUGGGCGCGCUGUGCUGCAGCCCUCUGUACUCGAGUGUAUCAGUCUGGAUGUUAUUUUGUACCUGCGUA